AUGUGCAACAGCAGCUCCAUCAGCCACUUCCUCCUGCUGCCAUUGGCACACACGCGGCAGCUGCAGCUCCUGCACUUCUGCCUCUUCCUGGCCAUCUCCCUGGCUGCCCUCCUGGCCAACGGCCUCAUCAUCAGCGCCGUAGCCUGCGGCCACCUCCUGCACAGCCCCAUGUUCUUCUUCCUGCUCAACCUGGCCCUCAGCGACCUGGGCUCCAUCCUCACCACUGUCCCCAAAGCCAUGCACAAUUCCCUCUGGGACACCAGGAACAUCUCCUAUUCAGGAUGUGCUGCACAGAUGUUUUUCUUUCUGUUCUUCAUUGGAGCAGAGUACUAUCUCCUGACCAUCAUGUGCUACGACCGCUAUGUGUCCAUCUGCAAACCCCUGCACUACGGGACCCUCCUGGGCAGCAGAGCUUGUGCCCACAUGGCAGCAGCUGCCUGGGCCAGUGGCUUUCUCAAUGCUCUGCUGCACACAGCCAAUACAUUUUCCCUGCCUCUGUGCCAUGGCAAUGUCCUGGACCAGUUCUUCUGUGAAAUCCCACACAUCCUCAAGCUCUCCUGCUCCAAAUCCUACCUCAGGGAACUCGGGCUUCUUUCUGUUACUGCUGGUUUAUCAUUUGGUUGUUUUGUGUUCAUUGUUUUCUCGUAUGUGCAGAUCUUCAUGGCUGUGCUGAGGAUCCCCUCUGAGCAGGGACGGCACAAAGCCUUUUCCACCUGCCUCCCUCACCUGGCCGUGCUCUCUCUGUUCCUCAGCACCAUAAUGUUUGCUAAUCUGAAGCCCCCCUCCAUCUCCUCCCCAUCCCUGGAUCUGUCAGUGUCAGUUCUGUACUCGGUGGUGCCUCAAGCCCUGAACCCCCUCAUCUACAGCCUGAGGAACCAGGAGCUCAAGGAUGCAGUGCAGACGAUGAUCACUGGACCAUUUCAGAAACAUUUAACUGCUGUCUAAUCUUUUUUUUUAAUCACUUGUAUUCAAGGUCAUCUUUGAUUAACACUUGUUAGUUUGUUUGCUUUUUUUUUUUUUUUUUUGCUUUGUUUUAGUUUCCAUUCUUGCCUCAAAUAAAGGUCUUUGUGCCCUUUCUAAUUUUGUUUCUCUCAAUCUUUAAUGUGGCCCCAUUAGGUCAAUAAGGAGCUGUGCUCUUGGUGACUUUUAAAAAAACUAAAAGAUCUCCCAUCAAACUUCCACCGAAGAUCCACCAUUGGUUUCCUCUGCAGCUGCAGCAGCAGUGUCUGUGUGCAGAGCUGGGGCAGAUCAGUGCUGGCACAGCAGCUGUGCCCAGCAGCAGCAGCACUUGGUGUUGCCAGUGCUGCUGCCGUGGCCCUGCCCCGCUGCCCUCCUGGCCCUGCUGUUGCUGUAGGGCCUGAGUGCUCUCGGGGCCGGGCACAGGGCUGGGGGUGGCAGUGCCGGGGCUGCAGCAGGGACAGGCCAUGGGCACUGCUGGGGCAGCGCUGACGCCUCAGGCCAGGGCCUGGGGGCUGCAGGCUCCUUGCCCAGGCUCUCUCCACAACACGGCCAGGCCAAUGCUCAGCACAGAAAAGCCCCGUCAGCAGCCCCAGGCUGGCCGUGGGCAGGCUGGGGGCAAACAGCAUCACACCAUGGGAACGUCCCUUGGGGAGCAGGAUCAUCCUCCAAGUGCUUCAGGAAUUGUCUGCAGGCUCCUGCAGGGCCUCCUGCUGCUCCCUUGCCAGAGGCACCACAGGCCAGGGGGGCACAUCUGCCCUGCUGUGUCUGCCUGUGGGGCUCCCUGCUCUGGGCAAUGAGGAGGGGCUGCAGAGGCUCUGCAGGA